GGGCGAGAGCAUGCUCCUCUCCUCCUCUUCUUCCCUUGCCUGGGCUUCAUCUGAUCUCACCUCACGCGCACACUCCCCCGAUCACUCCCCCCUUCUCCGCCUCCAGCUCACACCCACCGCCCCACCCCUUCUUCCCCCUCGCACUCAAAUCCAGAGCCUCGCAGAUCCGCCGCCUCCCCGAUCCGAUCGCCUCCGCCUCCUCCCGAUCGGAUCCCGCAGGGUUUGGGUGUCUGCGGCGAUUUAGAUGGUUUACGAUGGCGCCGUGAAGGACCAGGAGAGCGCGGCAAACACAGCGUCGGCAUCGUCGGCGGUGACGGAGGCAUCGGGGGAUUCGCCCGCGGCGUCGGAGGCGGCGGCGGUGAGCACGAGGCCCUCGGCGAGGCCGCCGCACGAUAAGAGACUCGGCGUGCGGCACCCCUUGAAGCACCGCCGGUUCCGUGCCGGGGGGAAGAUGAUGGUGGAGCCAGGAGGGGUGCCCCCCGCUCAGGCUGUGGCAGAAGGGGAGGAGGAGGAGGAAACCAGCGAGGUGGAAGAGGACGAGGCGGAGGAGGAGGAGGCCUCGUCCACGGAGACGGAGAUGCAGGCUGCCGAUGUGGAGGUGUCAUCCGCGCCGGCAGCAGGGGUACAAGCGAUGGAGGUGGACGGGGGCGAAAUGGAGGCAUCACCUGAGCCAGCGGUGGCUGUGGGGGACACAGAGUUGGAGGCCCAGCAAGAAGAGGAGGAUGAGGUUUCAUCCAUAGCAGUGGCACAGGGGGAGAGGAAGCAGGAGGCCACACCUGCAACGUCUACCGUACUAGCUGUGGAGGCGCCCAGGGAGAAGGAUCAGGAUAAGGAGAGGGAGGAGAAGGAGAAGAGGGACAAGGAGAGGGAAAGGCAGAAGGAGAGGGAGAGGGUGGAUGAGGUUGGCUAUAUGAGUGGAGGAUGGAAGAGUGUUGACGGAAGUCUGAAUUGUGGGUAUUCAAGUUUUAGAGGAAAAAGGGCAAGCAUGGAAGAUUUCUAUGAUAUAAAAUCAUCUAAAAUUGAUGAUAAACAAAUAAGUCUCUUCGGAAUUUUUGACGGUCAUGGCGGUUCACGUGCUGCUGAGUAUUUGAAGGAGCACUUGUUUGACAACCUCAUGAAACAUCCGGAGUUCAUGAAAGAUACAAAAUUAGCUAUAAGUGAAACAUAUAGAAAGACAGAUUCAGAGUUCUUGGAUGCUGAAAGGAACUCUCAUAGAGAUGACGGGUCAACUGCAUCAACAGCAGUGUUGGUUGGUGAUCAUCUUUAUGUGGCAAAUGUUGGAGACUCAAGAGCUGUUAUAUCGAAGGCUGGCAAAGCUAUUGCGCUAUCUGAAGAUCACAAGCCGAACAGAAGUGAUGAGAGGAAGCGAAUUGAGAGUGCUGGUGGGAUAGUUAUGUGGGCUGGAACAUGGAGGGUAGGUGGCGUACUUGCGAUGUCUCGGGCAUUCGGCAACCGUCUGCUAAAGCAAUUUGUUAUUGCGGAGCCUGAGAUUCAGGAACAAGAAAUAAAUGAUGAAUUGGAGUUUCUGAUUAUAGCUAGUGAUGGGCUGUGGGAUGUGGUUCCGAAUGAGGAUGCGGUUUCACUUGUGAAGAUGGAGGAGGAACCCGAGGCAGCAGCCCGGAAGCUGACAGAGACUGCAUUCUCCCGCGGGAGCGGCGAUAACAUCACGUGCAUAGUUGUGAAAUUCCAGCACGACAAGCUGAGCGGCGAUUCUCCCUCGCCUUCCGGCGACAAGAGUUGAUUCCAUUUGUUGUUGGUUAUACAUGUUGUCGGUCCUUUCACCUUAAGCCGGAUUUUCCUGGCCCCCCAUCCAUGGUGGUCCCCUUAUAGCGGCGCGGCUGGUACUUAAAUGAGUCGGUUCAUGUUCGUUGCUUGUCUAUAUAUCCCCCCUAAUUUUGGUCCUCCGGUGGGUUACAGGUCGCAGUGCUAUUUACAGAUACGUUCACCACUGGUUCUUCCUACACUGCAUUGCUGUAGUAGUUGCUGUUGUAUUAAUGACUGUUAGGAAGGGAAGUCCCAGCCCGAUCCCGGUGUCUUCUUCUGCUGAUUGCU